CUCUCUACGCGAAACGCAUAUAAAAUCCAAAAACCCUAAUUCCGCCUCUCCUCCCCCCCAUCAUACGAACCUCGGAACCCGACGACGCCGGCGGAAGCAGCGAAGCCCUCUCUCUCUCCCCGACACCUCUCCAAGACAUGGGUAAGGUCCACGGAUCCCUGGCUCGCGCCGGUAAGGUGAGAGGCCAGACCCCGAAGGUGGCGAAGCAGGAUAAGAAGAAGAAGCCCCGCGGCCGCGCCCACAAGCGGAUGCAGUACAACCGCCGCUUCGUCACCGCCGUUGUUGGCUUUGGAAAGAAGAGAGGCCCCAACUCGUCUGAGAAGUGAGCUAAGCUUCGUUUGGAGCCUAAAGGAAGAGUUGCUCUGUAGGUCCUGCAAAGAUGGGGCUUUUUUGGGUUUCUUGUUUCUUCAUUGGAUUGUUAUGCUUUUGAAAUUUGGGGUUUGAUUGCAUACUCUUGGUCUUGGUGACUUCGGACUUGCUGGACCAUGUUGAGGUUUUUGCCUACCCACUUGGCCAUAGAUAAUGUAGUUUUGUUCCCUGCUGAUCCUAA